GCGAAGGGACGUCACCGUUCUCUCCCUAGAGAUGGCUCGGGAUUCUGCAGAACUUGCUUCGGACUAUCAGUUUUGGCUGCAGAAGCUUUCUGUCUGGGAACAGGCCUCCUGUAAGGAAACCCAGCAGGACACCUGUCUUCACCUGUUCCGGUUCCAGGAGUUCCUGAAGCAGAUGUAUGAGACCUUGAAAGAGAUGGAUUCUAAUGCAAUCCUGGAAAUGUUCCCCACAAUUGGUCAACUGUUGGCAAAGACUUGUUGGAAUCCUCUCAUCUUAGCGUAUGAUGAAAGCCAAAAAUUUCUGAUAUGGUGCUUAUGUUGUUUGAUGAACAAAGAACCACGGACCCCUGGAGAAUCGCAACUUAACUCCUGGAUCCGGGGAUUGUUAUCUCAUAUACUUUGCACAUUCAGAUUCAACAUGAAAGAAGUUGGUCUUUUUGCUGAAAGUCUCGGAUAUGAGCCUGUUGAUUACUAUCCUAGUUUGCUUAAAAAUAUGGUUUUGUCAUUAGUGUCUGAGCUUAGAGAGAGUCAUCUUAAUGGAUCGAACACUCAAAGCCGGAUGGCUCCCGAGCGCAUGAUGUCCCUGUCACAAGUUUGUGUUCCUCUUGUUACUCUGCCUGAUUUUGAACCCCUGGUGGGAGCUCUACUUACCUACCAUGGACAUGAACCUCAGGAAGUCCUCUCAUCUGAGUUCUUCGAAGCCGCAAAUGAGGCGUUCUUGUCGAAAAAGAUGAUUCUGCCCAUGUCCUCUGUGGUCAGCCUCUGGUUUCGCCAUCUCCCAAGUCUUGAAAAAGCAACUCUGCAUCUUUUUGAAAAGCUGUUCUCCAGCAAGAGAAAUUGCCUGAGAGAGAUGGAGUGCUGUAUAAAAGAGUCAUGGCUGCCUCAGGCAGCCCGCCACCCUGCUAUCUUCAGAAUUGUAGACGAAAUGUUCAGGUUUGUGCUGCUGGAGACUGAUGGAGCCCCAGAAGUACUAGCCGCUCUUCAGGUAUUCACCCGGUGCUGGGCAGACGCUCUGGGGAAAGAGAACAAGCAGAUGAAGUUUUCCCUCAAGACCUACUUUCCUUACGGUGUUCCAUCGCUCACUGCAGCGCUGUCCCAGUGCCCUGAAGCUAUCCCACAGAUACAUCGGCUCCGGCCUCUGCUGCACAUUUCCCAACUCCUCAGAGAAGCAGUUGAAGACCGUACUCACGGGUCCCAGCGAGGUCCCUUCGAGAGCUGGUUUUUGUUCACUCACUUUGGAGGAUGGGUUGAUCUGGCAGUGGAGCAGUUGCUGAGGUCGGAAGCUGAGCCCCCUGAAGGCCUGCUGUGGCUCCUGGUGUUCUAUUACAGCCCACAGGAUGGGAGUCAGCAGCGAGAGCAGACCAUGGUGGAGAUGAAGGCACUGCUCAGCCGUCUGCGGAUGCUGCGCAGAAGUGAGUGCCUCUCAGCUAUGGAUGUGCAGAGAGCGGCUGAGAGUCCCGGUGCAGACUCCAGACCACCUGUGUGUGGGCAGCUGGUCAGGCACGUUCUCCUUAGCCUCUUGCUCUGGACCCCAGAAGGCCAUCCGAUUGCCUGGGAAGCUGUCACCCAUAUGGCCCACACGGACGCUCUAACCCAUGAGAUUGUUGGCUUUCUUGACCAGACUUUGUACAGAUCGGAGCAUCUUUGUUCCGAAGCCUCAAGGAAACUGGCCAGAGCGCUCCUGCAGGAGCUUGGAGCUCAGGUCUAGCAGGCGGCACAGGAAGUGUGAGGGC